AUGCUAUCCAAGCUGCUGUCGUUGUUGUGUAUAAUUCCCUUGGUUUUAGGUGCACCGGCCUUGGGUCCCUCUGCUGGAAUAUCAUCUACUGUAGGUGGUAAUUUCAGCGCUACUGGCACUAGCACUGGUUCCUAUUCACCGUUGACAACCUCAUCCAAUUCUUCAUCAACUUCCAUAACAUUUUCUGCUUCCGCCAGCACCUCAGGCGCGUCCACCACAACUGGUGUCAUCACCGUUCCACUCUCUAGUUAUGCAUUCACUCCCUACCCUACACCUACUCUCAACCCUCGUCCCCCGGUUUUCCCCGCAACUGAUCCUUUGAACCCUCCCGAUAUUAGCAGUGAUCCACAGGUUGUACCCGAUUUUGCACCUGCAUGGGCCUCUGCCUACCAAAAAGCCAAAAACCUCAUAUCAGAUUAUACCAUUGAGGAAAAAGUAAACAUCACCACUGGUGUCGGUUGGGCGAAUGGUUUAUGCGUCGGCAACAUCCCACCCAAUAAAAACUUCCCCGGAUUGUGUCUUGAGGACUCCCCUCUCGCCGUCCGUUUUGCAGACUUCGCAACUGCAUUCCCAGCUGGCAUUCAGGUGGCGUCCACCUGGAAUCGCGCUUUGAUGCGUUCUCGUGCCCUGGCUUUAGGUCAGGAGUUCAAGGGCAAAGGCGUCAACAUUGCUCUUGGCCCCAUGAUGAAUAUGGGUCGCAUCGCCCAGGGUGGACGCAAUUGGGAGGGUUUCGGUGCUGACCCUUUCCUGACUGGCGAAUCUGCGUACGAGACAAUUCUAGGCCUGCAACAAGGCGGAGUACAAGCCACCGCCAAACAUUUCAUAAACAAUGAGCAGGAGCACUUCCGUACCCAAGAAACGUCAAAUGUUGAUGACCGGACUCAACAUGAAAUUUACGCGCACCCGUUCUUGCGCAGCGUCAUGGCUGGCGUUUCGUCCGUCAUGUGCAGUUACAACCUCAUCAACGAAACUUACGCAUGCAACAAUGACAAGAUGCUCAACGACAUCUUGAAGCGGGAGUACGGUUUCCAAGGGUUCGUUCAAUCUGACUGGUCGGCGACCAUGUCGACUCUUUCUGCUGUCACAGGGCUUGACAUGACCAUGCCCGGCGAUGUCACCUUUGACUCUGGCGACUCCUACUUUGGGGGCAAUCUCACGGACUAUGUAAACGAUGGCUACAUCAGCAUGGCUCGCUUGGAUGACAUGGCGACGCGUAUCAUCGCUGGUUGGUACUUCCUUCACCAGGACGAGGACUACCCUGCUACGAACUUCAACGCGUUCAAUCCGAAUGAUGAAGCCACCAACAAGCAUGUGAAUGUGCAGGAGGACCAUUAUAAGCUUGUAAGGGAGAUCGGCGCAGCUGGGACGGUUCUGUUGAAGAAUACAAACGGCGCGCUGCCAUUGAACAAGCCGAGGAACUUGGUAUUGAUUGGAAGUGACGCGGGUCCAGGCAAAUCCGGCCCCAACGAAUUCUCGGAUCAGGGUGGCAGUGAUGGCAUCCUGGCCAUGGGCUGGGGAUCUGGGACUGGCUACUUCCCUUACCUUAUUUCGCCUCUCGAGGGCAUCCAGGAACGUGCUCGCCAGGACGGCAGCAGCGUAUUCUGGGACUUUGACGACUGGAACACUGCUCUUGCUAGUAAUAUGGCAUAUGGCCAGGCCGUCGCUCUGGUUUUCGUCGACUCUGACUCUGGCGAGGGUUAUAUCACUGUUGAUGGCAACGAGGGUGAUCGCAAGAACCUCACUGCAUGGCAUAACGGUGAUGACCUCAUUCUUGCUGUCGCUGCGCAGAACAACAAUACCAUAGUCGUCGUGAACAGCGUCGGCCCGCUCAUUAUCGAGCCCUGGAUUGAGCACCCUAACAUCACCGCCGUCGUUUGGGCCGGCAUUCAAGGCCAGGAGGCCGGUAAUUCUAUUGCUGAUGUGCUCUACGGCGCAUACAACCCAUCUGGAAGACUUCCGUACACCAUUGCCAAGGAUCCCGCUGACUAUUCCGCUCAACUCGUCACUGGUGGUUCGGGAAGCGAGAUUUUGACCAUUGAUUACACCGAGGGGCUUUUCAUCGAUUACCGCCACUUUGAUCAAGCAAAUAUCACACCUCGCUUCGAGUUUGGCUUCGGCUUGAGCUACACCACGUUCUCGUAUUCUGAUCUUUGCGUGGAUCCUAUUCAAUCAUGUGACGUUGAUCAGGCGGAUUUGGUGGCUGCUUGGGAGAACGGGGGAGCUUCGCCCAUCGCUGAAGGGUCUUCUGCUGCGCUUUGGCUCCACGAGCCAGCAUUCCGGGUGACUUUCAAGGUCACGAACACUGGAUUCGUGUCCGGGACUGAGAUUCCUCAGCUCUACAUCCACCACCCGUCUUCAGCUAACGAACCUCCUUCAGUCCUGAAGGGUUUCACAAAUGUUGAAAUCGACCCGUACGCCACAGAGCUCGUCUCGAUCACGCUCUCGCGCUAUGAUCUAUCUAUCUGGGAUGUCGUGGCUCAGGGGUGGCGCAAACCAGACGGUCAGAUCACGUUCUCUAUUGGGGCGAGUAGUAGAGACUUUAGACUGCAAGGCAAUAUCUCUAUUUGA